CGGACAUCGGAUCUCCAGCAGCAGCGUCGUUGACGGCCAUUGCCUUUCCAAACCAAGAUCCGUCAAGCGUGUUUCGACGACGACGCCGACGACGACGACGACGACAAGUAAACCCAACGGCGUGACGACGAGAAGCGCAUUUACUUACAACCCUCGACCCGGGUGGCGCCCACAGCAUCUCCCAGCUCCCCCAACUACGGCCGCGGCAAGAUGCGUCGAGUUGCGGUUCAGUCCAGACACAGCAACACCUCGUCCCCGUCGCCUCGCUAUACCUCCAGCUUAUACUAGACUUGUAAACACUUUCGAUUCCUGUCACCCAAGUGGAAGUUCUACGCGAACCGAUUGCUACCCUUGCGCCGCCAGCGUCAGGCCUCCCCAACUUCGAUAUAGUCCUCACAACACUGGGAACAUCGGCAGUUGGGCCACCACAACCGCAACCAUGUUCGAAAAGUCGCUGUACGACCUCAUCCGAGGUCUGCGUAACCACAAGGGAAACGAAAAGGAGUACAUCCAGAACUGUCUGAAAGAAUGUCGUUCCGAGAUCAAAAGCCAAGACAUGGAUGUCAAGGCCACGGCCCUCCUCAAGAUCAUCUACCUCGAGAUGAACGGCCAUGACAUGUCGUGGGCUUCCUUCCAUGUCCUCGAGGUCAUGUCCUCGCCAAAAUACCACCAGAAGCGCGUUGGAUAUCUCGGCGCCGUCCAGAGCUUCAAGACCGAUACCGAAGUGCUCAUGCUAGCCACCAACCUCCUCAAGAAGGACCUCUCGGCCUCCUCCCCGAUCGUCAUCUCACUCCCCAUUGCUGCGCUGCCGCAUAUCAUCACGCCCUCCCUUGCCCUUUCUGUACUAGCAGACCUACUGCCGCGUCUCAGUCACUCGCAUUCGGCUAUCAGGAAGAAGACCAUUGUUACACUAUACAGACUAGCCCUGGUAUACCCAGAGACCCUCCGAGCAGCAUGGCCAAAAAUUAAGGAGCGACUUAUGGACAAGCACGAGGAUCCGAGCGUGACAGCAGCCAUUGUGAACGUGGUGUGUGAACUCGGCUGGCGGAGACCCCAGGAUUUCUUGCCCCUGGCUCCGCGCCUGUUCGAGCUCUUGGUAGAUGGGGGUAACAACUGGAUGGCGAUAAAGUUGAUCAAACUGUUUGCAACCCUCACCCCUCUAGAGCCGCGUCUCGUUCGCAAGCUUCUGCCGCCCCUGACCGAUCUGAUCCGAACAACGCCAGCAAUGUCCCUGUUAUACGAAUGUAUCAACGGCAUCAUACAAGGAGGAAUCCUUGGAGACUCUGAAGAUGAUGGCAGGGAAGAGAUUGCUAGUCUGUGUGUUUCAAAGCUUCGAGGCAUGAUUACUUUCAACGGUGAUGCCAACUUGAAAUAUGUGGCUCUGUUAGCCUUCAACAGAAUCGUGGUCACGCACCCGUUCCUUGUUGCCCAACAAGAGGACGUGAUCAUGGAGUGCAUCGACAGCGAAGACAUAACCAUCAGGAUCAAGGCUCUAGACCUGGUACAAGGGAUGGUCAGCAGCGAUAACCUGGUAUCCAUUGUCAGCCGGCUUAUGAGGCAGCUGAAAACGUCCACAAACCCGAACAAUGAUCAGUUGGAUGAUCUGUCAACCGACUCGAGUGAAGAGAUGGGCGCUGAACGACGGUCCCGGAAACGAGAUGAGGCGCCUCCUCUCCCCGAAGACUAUACGAUUGACGUUAUUGGCAGGAUCCUCAAGAUGUGCUCGCAAAACAACUACUCCAGUGUGGUCGACUUUGACUGGUACAUCGACGUACUUACACAACUUAUCCGGAUUGCUCCGGCGUCUCGUAAGGAGCUUGACUCGGACGGCAUGGCACUGGGGCCGAAAUCUACCACGGCCGAUAUUUCGGAGAGUAUUGGUAAUGAGCUCAGAAACGUGGCCGUUAAGGUGAAAGCAGUGAGAGCUGCCGCUGUCCGGGCUGCCGAGCUUAUUAUUGCAAAGCUAUCGAUGGAGACCACGUCACACCAAGUGAUAUCAGGUUCACUGAAGCCUGUUGCCUGGAUCGCCGGAGAAUACGCAAAUCUGCUCUCAAAUCCAAGCGACACACUCAAUCACCUGUUACAGUUAAUACCGCGUAUCAGACCCUCCGAGGUUCUCGCAACCUGCCUGCAGGCCUCCAUGAAGCUGUUCGCGCUGAUUGCUGGUAACGACCAAACAUACUGGACAGCAGAACGAAAGUCCAUGGUAUCUCUGCUCAUGGCGCGAGUCAUCCAUACAUACGAGCCCCUAGUGCUUCAUCCAUCUCUUGAAGUCCAGGAACGCGCGGUUGAGUUUACUGAGCUCUUGAAGCUCACCGCCGAGGCAGCAUCGGCACAGGCGUCAUCAACGGACGAACUCGAACAAGACCCGCCCCUCCUUCUCACACAGGCGAUACCCUCUCUCUUCCAGGGUUGGGAGCUGAACUCCGUCGCAGUUGGCGCUCAGCUGAAUGUUCCGAUGCCAGAGGGCCUAGACCUGGACGAGCCUAUUCAUCCCAACCUCAGCAGCCUGCUGGCGCAAGCGGACUCAUUGAUGCUUCCCAUCCAGGAAGACGACGAAUUCUCAGCUUACUACAACGAAAAGGCAGCACCAACCAGCAUCUCCAGCGAGCCAGCAAUAAACAGACUACGGGACGCUCCCGAGACGACAUCGGGCUCCUACCAGCAAGCGACAGAGGAUAGCUACCUUGACGCAGACAUCAUCGCCCGUCGCAAGGCCGAACGAGCAGAGCGCAACCGUGACGACCCUUUCUACAUCGGCGACCUAGGCAGUCCCUCUCGCUCACAAGGCACUUCCACCCCAAUACACAACAUUCUGCAGAACGAAAACGGCCCCGACCUCGACAUCGACUCCAUUCCCAUUAUGAAGCUCGACCUUGGCGCCAUCAGCUCCUCCGGCGUCGGCGGCGCCCCCGGAACACCCCAGCGAUCCAAGGCACCCAAAUCACGCCCACAAAUCGUCGUCGCCGCAGACGAAACACUCGUCGGCAGCCGUCCGUCCACCCCGCGGACGGGAAGCCAGCAUGACUCGGACGCGGAUCCGUCUAGCGCGAGCGCCAAGUCCCGCGCAGCACGGAAGCUCAAGCAGUCCCUUUUGCAGGUGGAUUCCAGCCACUUGCGCAACCUCAGCCUCGAAGCCAGCCAUUCUGAGGAUUCUGGUGGCGGUGCUCUCCCGCACGAAAAGCUCGCGGAGACAGACGCGGAAAUGGCAAAGGCCAUGAAGGAAGUCCAGCGGUUGAGGCUGGAGAUGCAGAGGGCUAAUGAGAGGAUACACGUCGCUCAAGGGGUGCCGACAGAGGGGGUGGUGGUGAAGAGCAAGAAGAAGAAGGAGGGGAAGAAGGCCAAGUCCAAGUCGAAAUCGGAAGAAGAUGGUGCUGGGGCUGGUGAAGAUGAGAAGGAGAAGAAGGUGGUGAAGAAGAAGAAAAAGAAGGCGGAGACGGAGGUGGCAGAGGGAGGAGGGGAAGGAGCACCGGUGGGUGGAGAGGGAGAGGGAGAGGCGGUGAUUACUGUAAAAAAGAAGGAGAAAGAAAAGGUCAAGAAGAAGAAGCCAAAGAGGAUUAUACAGCUUGGUGAUGAGGAUGCUGGUGGGACUGGAGCUGGAGCUGAAGCUGGUGAGCCAUAGGUUACAGGCAAGUCACAAUGUGGAGGGGAUAAAUAGAAUACUGAGGUCAAUUAAUGGUUAUGAAUUGUCUGUAUGAACGUUCCCUUGGUGGGACUCAAAGUGAGAUCG